AUGAAUGUGAAGAAAAAAUCUCAAAAUAAUGUGUUUACUGGUAUUGAAGACUUAUCAAGUGAUGAUGAAGAAAUAGAUGACACAGACAAGGACAAAGAUUAUACAUCUACCGUAUUAGAAUGCAAUGAAUCACUUGAAGACUUCUCCCUUGAUUUGGACCUUUUUCUCAACGAUGAAAAUAUUUUAAAUGGCGAUAUUACAGACAAUCCACCUAAUAUAUCAGAUUUUAAUUUUGAAAAAGCAGGAUGUUCUCCAGAAAAAUAUAAACCGACCUGUUUUAGAGAAGUGCAUGGUUCAGGUAAUAAAAAUAUUUAUAAAAUGUGUCCCAUACAGAUCUUUGAUAUGAUUAUGGGUAAUAUUAUGUAUCAAAAAAUUGUGUUUGAAUCAAGUUUAUAUGCUGAACAACAUAAUAUAUCAUUAAACACCAACAUUGAAGAAUUAAAAGCUUUUCUGGGGUUACUGAUAUAUAUGGGUUAUCAUGAGCUACCAGGUAUUAGGCUGUAUUGGUCAAUUAAUGAUCCAAAUUUUUAUUGUGAUCGAGUUGCACAAGUAAUGCCAGUUCAACAAUUUUUAAAACUACUUCGCUGUAUUCAUCUUAAUGGCAAUUCAUAA